CACGUCAUAUAUAUAAGUAUAUCGGACGUUGCGAGAAAUCAGUGUUCUAAUGUGUGGUGCGACGUUAACAUAUUUGAGAUAAGUGUCAUAUAACGAAUUUUUUAUUUAUUUUUUAAUUUUAUUUUAUCAAGAGGAAGCCAACUUUUGGAUCCCGUGACGAUUACAGUCUCAUCGUAAUUGCGGCACUUAUAAACCACUGAUUAUGUGGAGUGUAAUACGCUUCCCGAUCCCUUUGACGCGGACGGUUUGGGUCAUGCGCUUAUGUUUCUGCGAUUGACAGACUUUGUUUUCUAGUCUAAUGAUGUAGUUUAUGUUAAAGCGAACGAGUGGAUGAUAAGUAGGACGGAUAUGACUCAUAGACCUCGUGUUAAAUAUCUGAAACGUGAGAGCAUUUGAUUCUUCAGAGAAGGCGUCAAGACCGACGCUCAUUUAUUUUUUCUCCUUCGUUCGGAGUCCCUCCGAAUUUAUCAACUGUCGGAAUCUAAGCCAAGUGUCAAAAGGAGAACCGAACUCUAAAAUAACACGCAGUUGGUAAAAUAAUCCUGACAAAAGGGUGCCCGGACGCCCAACACCGAUGCUCUUUUGUUUCCCGUCUCGGGCCGCAGUUCCUCGGGGUUUAUUGAUCCCAGUUGUAAACACACCAUGGCAGGAGUCGGAGGGGAAGGACCGCUCCUCCUCGCCCUUUCCUCCUCGUUCCUCCUCCCGAGCGUGAAUGGCAAGCCCUCGACGGGGACGGAUCUCGAAAUAGACGAGAAGUACCAGAACACGCAUAGGAUUGACAGCCUGAACAUCCUCUUAUACACCUUUUUACUGAUCCUAACCGUGGUGACGAUAUGGAUCUUCAAAUACCGAAGGGCAAGGUAUUUGCACGAGACCGGCCUGGCUGUCAUUUACGGUUUGAUAGUUGGAGCCAUCCUGAGGUACAGCGGGGACAACACCCCAGUCAGCCACAUGGUGGUUGACCCCAAAGAGCCACAGACCUACUAUGGGGAUGCCCCUCCAGAUACCCUCUGGUUGAAGUACGGAGGUAAUAUAAAUGCCAGCCAGAACAGAACAUACGCGUAUUCUUUCAGGGGAGAGAUUCCUGAAAGCUUAGAAGAUGAGAUUGUUCAGAAGGCUACUUUUGAUCCUGAAAUCUUCUUCAACAUUUUGCUGCCUCCCAUCAUCUUCAGUGCUGGCUACAGUCUCAAGAGGAGACAUUUCUUCAAGAACCUGGGUGCCAUUUUCACAUUUGCCUUUCUGGGGACAACCAUAUCAACUUUUGUAGUUGGUGGCUUAGUGUAUGGCUUCUUAUGGCUGUUGAGCUCAAGCUUCUCAUUCAUCGACUGCCUUUUAUUCGGCGCUCUCAUCUCUGCCACCGACCCGGUCACCGUGUUGGCCAUCUUCUCCGACCUCCACGUGGAUGUCAAUCUGUAUGCCCUGGUGUUUGGGGACUCAUUGCUUCUUGCUCUCUUUGUCACCAGUGCGAUUGAAAGUUAUGGCAGUGCCAGUGGAGGCUUUGAGACGUCAGCCUUCUUCCUGGCCAUCCUCAAUUUCCUGUGGAUCUUCAGCAUGUCAUUCCUCAUCGGCUCAGUCAUGGGCUGCCUCACCGCCAUCCUCACCAAGUUCACACGCCUUAAGGACUUCCCGCUGCUGGAGACGGCGCUCUUCGUCCUCAUGUCAUACUCUACCUUCCUCAUGGCAGAGGCAGCGGACUUGACAGGUAUUGUGGCUGUGCUCUUCUGUGGAAUCUGCCAAGCCCACUACACCUAUAACAACCUGUCUGCGGAGAGUCGCGUUGCUACCAAGACACUGUUCGAACUCCUCAAUUUCCUCUCAGAAAACUUUAUCUUCUCAUACAUUGGGGUUUCCAUGUUCACCUUCGACCACCACAAGUGGGACGUGGGAUUCAUCUCCAUCGCCUUCGUAGCCAUUAUUGCCGGGCGCUUCAUGUGCGUCUACCCUCUCUCCUUCCUGCUGAACCUUGGUCGCACUCCCAAGAUCCCCAUCAACUUCAUGAACAUGUUGUUCUUCUCGGGUCUCAGAGGAGCCAUAGCCUUUGCACUUGCCAUUCGCAACACCAGCAGCACUGCACGGAAGGCCAUCCUAACCACAACGUCGCUGAUAGUCAUAAUUACUGUUAUAUUAUGCGGCGGCCUCACCACCCAGGUUCUCUCAUGGCUUGGGAUACCGGUUGAUGUGGAGGAUGAUGAGACCCACCACCUAAACACAUCGUUCCAGCCAAUCAGAAAUGAUUACAAAAGCAUUGACGAAGGCAGGGGUCCAGGGGCGGAGGAUGGGGGAGACGGCCCUGCCGAGGGGACCGGCAGCAGCUCAAGCAAGUACGAGAAGGCCUGGCUGUUCCGCAUCUGGUCGCAGUUUGACGUGAGGUUCAUGAAGCCUUUCCUGACCAACAGCCGCCCCACUCUGCUAGACACGACGCCCCUCUGCUGCGCCCCCUUAGCGAGGCUCCUGACCACAACCGAACAGCUGACGCAGGAUCGCGACCCUCUUAAUGAUGACCUUCCAAUAGACGACUCUAUCAUCAGUGUCGGGGGAAUUCACACCUCCAUAGACUCUAGUCGGCAGAAUAUAACCAACCCAUUAUACGACGGCGACCUGGGCUUGGGCUCGUCCAGUAGCGUGCCCACCCGGGUGUCCGUGGCUGGUUCCCGGGGCCAAGACCUGUAGAGAUGGCGAAUGGCUGCGUCCAACGUCUUGUGUGUUAAUUGACCAUGUGUUUGUAUAUUGGAAAGUGACAAGAGACAUGAGAUUGGAGGAAGUCAUCUUUGGCAAAGUGUCAUGUUCUCCAUAA